GUUUUCACCUUUACCUACUGAGUGCUUCCUACACCUCGUGGUGACAGGUGGAAAUCGUGACACAGAAGGGCAGUAUGAAGCCAGUGAAGAAGAACAAAGCGGAAGAACCUGAAUUGGAGCCCCUGUGCUGCUGCGAGUACAUCGAUCGAAAUGGGGAAAAGAACCACGUGGCCGCUUGUUUGUGUGAUUGCCAGGAUCUCGAUGAAGGGUGUGAUAGAUGGAUGACAUGUAAAUCCAUGCAGCCAGAGACUUGCGAAAGAAUCAUGGAUACUAUUUCUGAUCGCCUCCGAAUUCCUUGGCUUAGGGGAGCCAAAAAAGUUAACAUUAGCAUCGUCCCCCCGCUCAUCCUCCUGCCCGUCUUCCUCCGCGUGGCUUCCUGGCACUUCCUCCUGGGGGGGCUGGUUUUGAGCUCCCUUCCCGGGCUGCUGCUCUGGUACUACUACCUCACCCACAGGAGGAAAGGACACACUCUGUUUUUCCUGAGCCUCGGACUCUUCUCUCUGGGCUACAUGUACUAUGUGUUCCUGCAGGAAGUGGUCCCCAGAGGGCGCGUGGGGCCCACUCAGCUGGCUCUCCUUACCUGCGGGUUAUUUCUGAUACUCUUAGCCCUGUACAGAGCCAAGAAGAAUCCAGGCUACCUCAGAAAUCCAGCAAGCAAGGACAAAUCUGUCAGCAGUAGCCAAGUUGAAGGCCUGAGCAGAGACGGGCUGGAGAAGACCAGAGGGCUCCCCGGCGCGGGAUCGUCGGGCAGUCUAAGCAACCGCACCCCGAAGGACGAUCUUAAGGGCUCUUGCAGGGUGUUGGCCGGAAGCCCUGCCAAGGCGAAGGAGGACUGGUGUGCCAAGUGUGAGCUGGUGCGGCCGGCCCGGGCGUGGCAUUGCCGGCUCUGCGGCGUCUGCGUCCGGAGAAUGGAUCAUCACUGUGUCUGGAUAAAUAGCUGUGUUGGAGAAUCAAAUCAUCAAGCAUUUAUACUUGCCCUUUCGAUCUUCUUGCUCACCUCGGUGUACGGGAUAACAUUGACUUUGGACACCAUUUGUAGAGAUAGAAGUGUCUUCACAGCUCUCUUCUAUUGUCCUGGAGUUUAUGCAGAUUACAGCUCCGCCCUGUCCUUCACCUGCGUGUGGUACUCCGUGAUCAUCACGGCGGGCAUGGCGUACAUCUUCCUCAUCCAGCUGAUCAACAUCAGUUACAACGUCACCGAGCGGGAAGUCCAGCAGGCCCUGCGUCAGAAGACGGGGCGCCGGCUCCUUUGCGGGCUCAUCGUGGACACGGGUCAGUACAACCGGGGCUUCCUGCGGAACUGGCACCAGUUCUCCACCCUGGGCACCGCCCCCUGCCACCACCCCGCCGAGGACAUUGUCUGA